GAAAAUGACGGUUUUACCCUUGGCGGUCUGUCUACUUCGUCCCGACUAGUUCGUCUGUAGGUAUCUACACACACAUUCUCUCCUCAAGGUUCCAAUUUCCGACAUAUUUUUUUUACUGCGUUAAUCUGGAUACAAAUGUCUUCAGCUCAAGACCCUUUUUACAUUGUCAAAGAGGAGAUUCAAGAUUCUAUCGAUAAGUUGCUCUCCACCUUUCACAAAUGGGAACGAAUGCCUUCAGAUAGUGGAGAGCAACUACGCCUCACUAAGGAGCUUCAUGUUGGAUGUGACAGCAUUCAAUGGCAGGUAGAUGAAUUGGACAAGGCGAUUGCCGUUGCAUCUAAGGAUCCCGCUUUGUACGGAAUUAAUGAAGUCGAGCUUGAUAAACGAAGAAGAUGGACUAGCAAUGCUCGUGAACAGGUUAAAAACGUGAAGAAAUUAGUAGUAAAUGGGAAGGAGUUGAAUGGCACAAGCACUUCUAAUUUCAACGAAAAGAAUCGCGAACUUUCGAGACUGCCAAAUUCUCAUCAACCAGAUAAAUCGAAUUAUUACGGUGGUCGGGAUAAUGAUGAUUUUGUAUCCUCUGAAUCUGACAGGCAGAUGCUUUUGAUGAGGCAACAGGACGAAGAACUGGAUGAACUCACUGCCAGUGUGCAAGUAAUCGGAGGUGUUGGGCGCACAAUACACGAGGAACUUCUUGCACAGGAGAAAAUUAUGGACGAACUAGGUAUGGAGAUGGACAGCACAUCAAAUCGUCUUGAUUUUGUUCAGAAAAAGGUUGGUAUGAUUAUGAAGAAGGCUGGUGCCAAGGGCCAAUUGAUGAUGAUCUUGUUCUUACUACUUUUGUUUAUUAUUCUAUUUGUGCUCGUCUUCCUCACUUAGGAGAGAGAAACCGUAAAAAGGUUAGAAAACGGCAAAUCGAACCUAUUUGUACCGAAGUUUUCACAAUGAAGAAUGAAAGAAAAAUGGAACUCUUUUAUCGUUUGUUGUAAAUAUAUUGCUUGUGGAAUUAAUAGUUCUUGCAUUGUGAUUGGAUCUUGAUUUUGCCUCAAAUAAGCAUU